AUGAUUCGUCGAUUGAAUAUACCAAACAAUUUAUAUCCAUUUCAGUACAAAGUCUUGGUGGUUGAUUAUGAUUACACUCAUCUCUUAGCAUUGGAUAACACUUUCACUUCACUGGGCUAUCAAGUGUUAACAUCACAAAAUCCUGAGCAUGCUAUGGCUAUGAUCCUCAAUGGAAAUACUAGAAUUGAUAUUAUUGUUUGUGGAAUUCCUUGUUCGAACAUUGGAGCUUUUAACCUAAUUCGAGCUGCCAAAUGGGAAUUCAACAUUCCUGUUGUUUUGAUGCUUUCGGAUCUUAACGAUAAAGUUACCAUGAGAGAGAUUGCGAAUGGUGCAGCUCAAUGUGUACUGGCCAAGCUUCCUUAUACUGAUUGCCAAGCUUUAAAAAAUCUUUGGCAAUAUGUGGCUAGUACUCGUAGUGAUGACUAUUACUCAUCUGUUUACGUACCUCAAAUUGAAUCAACUUCAAGGAUAGAGCCAUCGUUCAACGUCGUUCGAGAUACUCCAACCACAUACGGAAGAGAACCGGGUUCUUCGUCUAACCCGAACACUUCUUUAGAUAAAAGUCAUUAUCAUGUAACCACUGAAUACGGAGGAGGAUUUAAUAAUUGUUCUGAUCCUAAUCUUGAUUUAAAGAAAAGAGAAGAAAAUAGUGAGGGUUUGGACAAUGAUCAUCAUCAUCAUACAAUCGUUGACAGAAAGAGACGUUUUAAUUGGACCGAGGAAUAUCAUCGAAUAUUUCUAGAUGGCAUCGACGACAUCACUUUGAAAGCUAUAAAAGUUGUUCCUGCUAAUAUCACCAAAUAUAUGCAUGAUAGAGGUGUUUCACAGAUACAGAGAGAACAUGUUGCAAGUCAUCUUCAGAAGUACAGGUUGAAUAUUAAAAAAGAUACACAUGGGAGUGGAGAUUUUGCAAAUAGUGAUGUGGUCACUAAUAAACAAACCAUCCCCAAAGCACAAAAUGUUCAACAAGAAACACCACCAAUUACACAACCAUCUAAUGAAAUCGAUAACUGGUGGGAUACACUUGAAGACUUAGCAAUAGGCUUGGAGAAUAAAUCAACCAGCAGCAUUUGGCCAGAUUUUAACGAUGAAUUAUUCAAAGAAAACAAUAUAAUCCCAACUUGGCGUAUGGAAAAUUUUUAUCAACCUCCACAACUAGGUGAUCAAGAAAAGUAA